AUGAAGACACCAUCAGAGCUGAUCCCUGCAGCAGUUUUAACCAUACUGCUCUGCUCACUUUGGAGUACCUAUGCUGCCACCUAUCAGGGCGCAUUCCCUCACCCAAACAAAUACAAUCCAAACGAAUCGGACAGGUGCCAAACACCCCCAAUCACUGGAUUAAUUUCCCACGUGCCGGGCCCCGUAACCUCCACCGAUGAGGUCCUGGAGUCCAGCCAGGAAGCGCUGCACGUAACGGAGCGUCGGUACCUGAGGCUGGACUGGUGCAAGACGCAGCCGCUGAAGCAGACCAUCCAGGAGGAGGGCUGCCUAAGCCGGACCAUCAUCAACCGCUUCUGCUACGGACAGUGCAACUCCUUCUACAUCCCGAGACAUAACUACCAGGACGGAGACGCCUUCCAGUCCUGCUCUGCCUGCAAACCAAAAACCUUCAGUACGGUCACAUACACCCUGCUUUGUCCGGGUCAGACACCCAGCACGAGGAAGAAACGAGUUCAGCGCGUGAAGCAGUGCCGCUGCACGACGAUAGAUAUGGAUUAG